CUAAUAGACAUGUUGAUGGUUUGGAGGAAGUAACUAAUUGAUGAGACAACUUCAGUUUGUGUCCACUUUUUGUAGCUUUUUUAAAUUUCAGAAACGACUGCAAACUGACGUCUAUAUUUCUCUCUCUCCUUCAGUCAUAGUGGGACUCACUUUGCCAGUCAUGGGGAGGGCUGUGAUGCACAAGAAACACCGGAGAGACUCGGGUCAACAAGCUGACACUCCAUUCAACGUAGGACAGAUGCCGUGCAACAUGAAAGAGAUGCAGAAUGUGACGGGAUCUGUUGGACAGACCAUCACGCUGCGAUCUGGAGUCACAAAGAUCCAACCAGACAACCUGGUGACUUUGUCUCGAAUCAGAAAUUCGGAAGAAGAAACAUUGUUUAGUUGUAAUGGGAUGCUCAAAUCACCACCUGAGCGGUUUGGGUUGCACCUCCACAUGGACACUGUAAACAUCACAAUUGACAACCUUAACAGCAGUGAUGCUGGACUUUACAGAGUGCAGAUUUUCAACGGACAUUCUGUAAACCAGUGCUUCAAUCUCACAGUCAAGGAACAUCCUGCAGAGGUAUCUGGUGAUGAUCAACAGUCUCAUGGCCGUGUGGGUUUGUUUGGCACCGUUGGAGUAGUUGUUGUUGCUGCUCUUAUCUCCAUACUGGUCAUUCGUCGAAGGAUUUGCGCAGAUUAUGGCCAACGGUGCCCUUGUUUUCGGAGAUGCUAAUUCAUCUGCAGAUCCAUCUGUGGUCUACCGUGACGACCCAGUGUGACAGUGAGAGUGUCCAGUAACCAGAUGUGCUUCAGCUGUGAUCAUCAACACUGGACUCUUAAGGUGUACACGUGAUUUUAGGAGGAGCAGAUUAAAUACCACAUGUGCAUUAAUAUGAACUAUAAGCUGUAAUGGGCCAAAAGCAGUCUGUGCCCCUGACAUCUCACCACCAGCACUUUUACUUCAUUCAGAACAACCAUCUAUUCUUUCUCCACUGCCACCUUUUUCACUUCUCCUCAGUGGCCAUUUGUUCAUCCAGAUGUAAGAUGACAGUAUUCUUCAGAAUGUAUGUUACAUUUUUUUAAACAAUUUCAGAAACAGAAUCUCAGAAGGCUAAGAUUUUAAAUGUCAUUGAAUGAAGUAUUUAAAUAAUGUGUAGGUUAAAGUCUUUCUAUAAUAUGAUGCUGCUUUAGAAAAGAUGGUUGGUGAGUGAGAUAUAAGGUUGUUCAGCAGGAGAACAAUUUUCUGUUUUCUUAACUGUUUCCACCUUGUUUUACUUUAAAUGCUAAGACGCGAUCACAAAGAGGUUUCUAUAAAGAGUAGAUAUGAACAGCUUAUGAUUUGGCCAUAAAAAAAAAAAUCAGUUUGCUUUAAUUUCUAUCAGAGCAGGUUUGUAUCUCUCUACCUUUGAAAAGCUCUUAGAAACCCAGCUUUUUAACAACCAGAAAAUGAGACUAACUCAGACUGACCGUGCACUUUUCUUUUCGUUGCUCAUAUUUUUGCACUUGUUGGAUUGUAUAGUAUUGUACGUUUGUACAAACGUUGUAUGGUAUUUUUUUUUUUAAGUAGCUUUGGAUAACUACCAAUUGAAUUGUUGUAGCAUGUAACAGGAUGGGUUUGCAACCACAGGUCAUACGGUCUAACUUUGGCGGUCAGGGACCAUAUGCACGAAGCAACCUAAGGCUAAAAAUACCUCCUAGUGACAUUAUUCUAAGAAAAAUCUUAGAAUUUAUCAAAUUCUUAGACAUUUCUUAGAAUCUUCCCUUGGUAAGAUGAAAGUUGUCCACAAAACACCUU